UGACGUCAUCAUCACGCGUCUUAUGUUAUUAAACCGGAUGUUUCAUUUGUACCCCCAGUGAUUUUAACCUUAUUUACUAAAAGAAUAUAGCAACGUACUCGUUAUAUAUACAGUAAGUAUUGUGUUUUGGCAUCUCACGAUGUUUGUAAUAUACGUAAGCUACAAUGUAACACAUUAGCAGACCUUUCAUUCAAUAAAACGGUCAGCCGAAUGAAAUCGCCACACGUAGACAGCCGUUAAACCACUAACAACAUCAAGUGUUUAGGCCAAGUGCACCAUGGGUGCUGAACAGAGUGGAGAUGCUGAACAUAAACAUUCAGACUUCAGUGCUUCAGUUGUACACUCUCCGGCCAAGCAAAGAGCCAAAAUGGAUGACAUAGUAGUUGUUACCCAAGGAACUCAGUCAUUACGGAAUAUCCAUAAUGAUCCGGAUGUAAUAAAGCUACAGGAAAUUCCCACCUUUCAGCCUCUUCUAAAAGGUGUGCUCAGUGGUCAAACCUCCCCCAGCACUGUCUGUUUAGAAAAGCUGGAUUCCGCACAGGUACUGCAGCUGUGCGUCCGAUAUCAGGAUCAUCUUCACCAGUGUGCGGAGGCUGUUGCUUUUGACCAGAAUGCUUUGGUCAAGAGGAUCAAAGAGAUGGAUCUGUCAGUGGAGGCGCUAUUCAGCAUCAUGCAGGAGAGGCAAAAGCGUUACGCCAAGUACGCCGAACAGAUCCAAAAGGUCAAUGAGAUGUCAAUGAUUCUGAGACGCAUCCAGAUGGGCAUCGACCAGACCAUCCCACUGAUGGAGCGUCUCAACAACCUGUUGCCCGAGAGUGAGCGCCUGGAAGCCUUCAGCAUGAAGCCUGAUGGAGAUGUCAAAUAGAUUUUGGCAU